UCUGUUUUACUUCACUUGCUAAGUUGCUCUUCAAUUUCUGAGAUCUGGGUUGUCUAGGGUUUCUCUGGAGCUUGCUAAAGUCGAUAAAUUUCUGAGCUUUGGAGGUGAGAGUUAGGGUUUAGGGUUGCAAUUAGAGUAAAUGUGGAGGGUUUUGUUAGGGUAAAUAAGAUCUGGGGCGUAUGAGGGUGACGGGAGUUGUGUUUUGUAUUGGCACUGGCUUUGGAUGAGAUUUUCCCAAAAGGGUAGAUUAAAUCUUCUGGUUUUAUUUUGGGGUGGGGGUGGGCAUUUUUUCUCAGCAUUUGAUGAAAUAGUGGCGAAGGGGCUCAGUAAUGGGUGUUAAUAAGAAGUAAGGAGGGACGGUACUUGAAUCUUUGAGUUGGGUUUCAAGGGGGUUUCAGCAGGCGGUGAAAGGAGGCUGUUUUUUCGGCUUUUCAAACCAUGAGGCUUUCGUCUUCGUCAUCAUCUCCGGGGUUUAACCAUCAGCUUCAGGAAGGGGAGAAGAAAUGUUUGAAUUCUGAGCUAUGGCAUGCCUGUGCUGGCCCUCUGGUGUCUCUGCCUCUUCUUGGAUGUCGUGUAGUCUACUUUCCACAGGGCCACAGCGAGCAGGUUGCUGCAUCAACCAACAAAGAAGUGGAUGCCCACUUUCCCAAUUACCCCAACUUGCCUCCACAACUAAUUUGUCAGCUACACAAUGUGACAAUGCACGCAGAUGUGGAGACGGAUGAAGUAUAUGCUCAAAUGACCCUACAACCAUUAAAUCCGCAAGAGCAAAAAGAUGUAUACCUACUGCCUGCAGAGUUGGGUGCUGCCAGCAAACAGCCAACCAACUAUUUUUGUAAAACUUUGACUGCAAGUGAUACUAGCACGCAUGGAGGAUUCUCAGUUCCCCGCCGUGCAGCUGAAAAAGUCUUUCCUCCUCUUGAUUACGCGCAGCAGCCCCCUGCCCAGGAACUAAUUGCAAGGGAUCUACAUGAUAAUGAAUGGAAAUUCAGACAUAUAUUUCGAGGCCAGCCCAAGAGGCAUCUUCUCACGACAGGAUGGAGCGUGUUUGUUAGUGCUAAACGACUUGUUGCUGGUGAUUCGGUCCUCUUUAUCUGGAAUGAAAAGAAUCAGUUGCUCUUAGGUAUUCGGCGAGCAAAUCGUCCACAGACUGUCAUGCCCUCAUCAGUUUUGUCAAGUGACAGCAUGCACAUUGGUCUUCUUGCUGCUGCAGCUCAUGCAGCUGCAACAAAUAGUCGCUUUACUAUUUUUUAUAAUCCAAGGGCUAGUCCAUCUGAAUUUGUGAUACCCCUGGCCAAGUAUGUUAAAGCUGUCUAUCAUACUCGGGUUUCUGUGGGCAUGCGAUUUAGGAUGCUGUUUGAGACAGAAGAGUCUAGUGUCCGUCGAUACAUGGGUACAAUAACUGGCAUCAGUGACUUAGAUUCUGUUCGCUGGCCAAAUUCCCAUUGGCGCUCUGUGAAGGUUGGCUGGGAUGAAUCCACUGCUGGGGAGAGGCAGCCAAGGGUAUCAUUGUGGGAGAUUGAACCACUAACAACAUUCCCAAUGUAUCCAUCCCCAUUCCCCCUCAGACUAAAGCGACCAUGGGCAUCGGGCGUUCCCUCUUUCCAUGGUCUAAAAGACGGUGAUAUGGGCAUUAAUUCUCCACUGAUGUGGCUGCAAGGAGGGCUCGGAGAUCAGGGGAUGCAAUCUUUGAACUUCCAGGGAUUUGGAGUUUCUCCUUGGAUGCAACCAAGGCUUGAUGCGUCUAUGGCAGGUCUACAACCCGAUGUAUACCAAGCAAUGGCAGCUGCUGCACUUCAAGAAAUGAGGGCAGUUGAUUCUCAAAAUUCUUCACAGUCUCUUCUGCCCUUCCAGCAAUCUUCAAGUGUUUCUAAUGGGGCAGCUGCUGUGCUUCAAAGACAGGUCUUGCCUCAGUCUCAGUCUCAAAAUGCUUUUCUUCAGAGCUUUCAAGAAAACCAAGCUCCAGCUCAGGCUCAGGUCUUGCAACAACAGUCGCAGCGUUACCAUCCCUAUAGUGAUCAGAGGCAACAGCAGCUGCAGCAGCAGCAGCAGCAUCAGCAUCAUCAUCAGCAGCAGCAACAACAGCAGCUGAAUCAGCAGCAGCAGCAACAUCAGCUUCAACAAUCCCGUCAUAUGCAACAAUUGUCUGUUCAGCAGCAGAUCCCGAAUGCUAUGUCUGCUCUUCCUAAUUUUGCCUCAAUCACUCCAUCCCAGUCUGCAUCUAUGCAGUCUAUCUCUUCGCAAUCUCAGCAGCAGAGCUUUCCUGACCCUGUUGGAAAUCCUAUACCUUCAUCUGAUGUUCCCCCUAUACAUAGUAUAUUAGGUUCGCUAUCACAGGAUGGAACAUCCCACUUACUUCACUUAAGCGGAUCCAACUCUGCAAUUUCUUCUUCCUUGUUAUCUAAGCAGACCACUGGUGAACCGCAGCUAUCAUCUGGAGCUGCUCAAUGUGUACUUCCACAGGUGGAACAGUUGAGAACACCACAGUCAAGUUUCUCUGAGAUCACUGCCUUGCCUCCAUUUCCUGGUAGAGAAUACUCUGCAUUCCAAGGCGGUACUGAUCCCCAAAGCAAUCUUUUGUUUGGGGUGAACAUUGAUUCAUCAUCUCUUAUGCUGCAUAAUGGGAUUCCAAACCUGAGAAAUAUUGGCAAUGGAAAUGAUUCAGUGUCCGUGCCCUUUGGUGCUUCCAAUUAUGCCAGUGGCACAGGCAAUGAUUUUCCACUUAAUUCCGACAUGACUACAUCAAGUUGUGUAGAUGAAUCAGGUUUCUUGCAGUCUUCAGAAAAUGUGGACCAAGUAAAUCCAACUGGAACCUUUGUGAAGGUUCACAAGUUAGGGUCCUUUGGGAGGUCACUGGAUAUUUCUAAAUUCAGCAGCUAUGAUGAUCUGCGCAGUGAGCUCGCACGUAUGUUUGGCCUUGAAGGCCAACUGGAGGACCCUCAGAGAUCAGGCUGGCAGCUUGUAUUUGUUGACAGGGAGAAUGAUGUUCUUCUCCUUGGUGACGACCCUUGGCAGGAGUUUGUGAACAAUGUGUAUUACAUCAAGAUACUCUCGCCUCUGGAAGUGCAACAAAUGGGAAAGGAAGGCCUCAACAGUGUGGCGUCUGUCCCAAACAAUAAACUUUCCAAUGGUAGCAACACCACCGUUGACUACGUGGGUCGACAGGACUUGAGAAACUCAAGGAAUGGGAUUGCAUCUUUGGGAUCACUCGACUACUAAAUGCCAAUGCUUUGCUAAAAAUGGAAAAUUAAGCAAAUUGGCGGUGAAUGGUGAGUGUUAUACUAUGCUGGUAGUGUUUUCGUAAAUGGAUCGUUAGCAUUGUUUUACCCUUUUAUGUGGUCAGUGAGAUGUACUGCUUAGGCAAAGUCUAUUUGAAGCUUGCAUGUCAGCUUAUAAUUAUAUACUGUAAAUUAUAGUAGGAAGGAACCUUGUUUCUGAAACUACCGCUGCAACAUGUAGAACAACACACGUACUGUAAGAGUUUGAUGUCCGAUUCCGAUGGCACUUUGUAUGCUAUCUUGUCCUGUAAUUUAUUAUUUAUUGAAGUCGAAAGCAUAUCAUGAAUCAGACUGGUUAAGUUCAA